GCAGUACAUCGUGUGUAAAACUUUAAGGUGUACAGAUACCUUGAGGCUUAUUUGUGCGAGGAAGAAACUUAUUGCAGAUUAUUGCGCAAAAUCAUUGGUGUCAGUAGUUACUUAACAAUUACUGGAUUAACAUUAAGAAUACACGGCGAAGAAUAAUCGAAACAAUUAGGAGAGACUCGAAGGCCUCCAAAGCACGGUGACCGUCGCCCUCACAGCCAAUCCUUCUCAACGAACUUAUCUUCGGGAACAUGGCUGAUAAAACACCACCUUACAUUCCGGAAGAUUGCCUUCCCGUGGAGGAAGAGACUGGUCUUCGAUCUGAAGUUGUGCGAACCAACUCAUUCUUCUGCCAGUCUCUGCUGAGGGAAAUGUCAGAAAAUUCAUUGAUUUUGCUUCCCAGCGCAAAGAUCUCAAAUGAAGAUUCAGCCAACUGUAACAGUUACUCUUCCGAAUCGAAAGAAAAUUCGAGCGUGACGCCGGAUUCGCUAUUCAAGCUAAUAAGGCGAUGCAGUGGCAUGGAGACUUCAGUAUCUGGAAAUGUGUUUAAUGACCAAAUAAUCAAAAUGCCUAGCAGUCUGCCUACAGAUAUUUCAUUAGAUAAAAUGUCAAAGGAAACGGCGCCUGAACUACCCAUGCAAAGAUUCAGAAGCACAAAUACAAACAUUUCUGCCAAAGAAGUGGAGAUUCUAUCAAGUCAAGCCCCAUCUAAGGAAUUCUCUCUAAAGAGGUCCAGGAAUCUGUCAAGUGAAGGAGAAUCUGAAGCUUCAUUAGGAAAGAGAGCUAGGGUUUCAACAGAGGAAGUUAGUACAGCAGAAUUGGGAAAGGAAAACUGCGUUAUUUCACCGCCUAUGUCACCAAUAUCACAAGACAUGCCAUUUGAGGCUCCAUUAGAAGGAGCUAUGAAAGAAACACAAGUAAAAUCCGGGGUCUCACCUAAUGGAGAUAAGUCAGAAGAUCAAGCAGCAGAGAAAGUAGUGAUAUCUGAGGCCAUAAUGACCAGUGAGAACUCCACGGAUGUUCCAACUGCAGGAUCUGAGAAAAUGUCUCAGAGUUCAUCAUCUGUGCCAAGUCAACUGCAGAAUAGAUCCUCUAUAACUUUUGAUAAAGAAAAAACUUCGGAAGAUAAAUAUUCUGAAGGUGACAGAUGUUCAAUUUGUGGAAAAACAAAUUGUCCAUUAGAUCCUAAUCGGGCAUCAAAAUUAAACCCUAUUUCCAUGCCCCAGAAGUCAUUUAUUGGGAAAUUAAAGUCAAAAUCAAAGCAAACCCAGACUAAUGUUAUGAUGGCGAAGAGGACGAAGACUCCAGCGAAACGUUACAAUAAUACCCGAAGUUCAACAAACAGAUUGGCUAAACGCAUCGCUAACCACACACCACUUCAUGUCCUCAAGUUAAAGGGUCAGCUCUUCAAAGCAGUGGAAAGUGGAGAUAUGGCUAGAGUGCAGGAACUAAUACAAGAUACGGGAUCAGCUGUGAGGAAAAACAAGACCAGAUGCACACUCCUUCAUGCUGCAGCGUCUCACAACCAACCGGAUGUGGUGAUGUUUCUUCUGAAAUCUAUAAGUCCCAAUGUUACUAGCAAGGAGGGACAGACUCCAGCUCAUGUGGCCGCAGAAAAGGGUCACACACAAGUGCUGAAACUUUUAGUGCGUGACUCUGACUUUGAAGCCGACAAACGGGAUAAUCGUCAUAACACAGUAAAAACCCUACUUGGUGGCCAUUUGUUCAAGGCCAUAUUAGAAGGAAAGAAGAAAGAAGCAGAAAGGCUUAUGGAACUUGAUGCAGACCCAGACAGUCACGGCGGAAAGCUGGUUAACGGGCUGUUGGCACGAGAACUUGGAGUCACUACACCUCGCCUCCUGGCUUAUGCCCUGAAUAUGAAAUGGGCUGUUACCAUGUUUGCCAAGAAAGCAAGAAAUUAUAAGAAAACCGAUGAAACUGGCUUUCGGACAUCAGCUGCCUCAAACUCGGUACUAAUUAAAGUGCCCACACGACAGUUUCACGUAAGACAUGCAAAGGCAAUUCAAGGAGGUGCUGAUGUGUACAAGAUGAACAAAGAGGCACGAGGCUUUGUUCGCAUCUUCAACUUCAGUUCUUUUGAGGACAGAUCCGACCUGAACCUUCAGCAACUCGACUACGAUGCUCGCAUUAUGUCAGAUGUAUUUGAAAACAUGGGAUACAUGUGUAAAACACACGCGUCACUCACGGCUCAGCAAACUAAGGAAGUCCUGAAAAAUAUUCGUGAUGCUGAUGAGCUGACAGACGUCGGAUGUGCUAUAUUUGUCAUUUCUGGUUAUAGUGUAAAUGACAGGAAGGUUCUUACGUCUGACAUGAAAUCUGUAGACAUCGACUAUAUUUUAAAUCUCUUCAAAGAUUCCGAGUGUCCUCAGCUCAAAAACAAGCCCAAACUUUUCAUCUUUAACUUGUACAACCUGAGUGAAGUGAUCACGACUUCAAGCAGUAAACCUCUAAAAAUGGUGAGGUUGACAGACCCCCUCAACGACAUGGCUUGUAUCUAUUCCAACAGCAUUGGUCUCACCUGCAUCCCGAAUGGGAAAGCAACAGCCUUCAACUGGUGUUUGUGUCGCACUUUGGCAGAGCAUGCUGCUGACCAGGAACUCUUUGAUUUUUACAGAGAAUUCAUGAAAGACUAUAACGAGAGCUCUCCUACUUUCUCACCCGAAUUGAGGUACUUUGGCUUCACCAAGAAAUUCUUCUUUAAUCCUAUGUAAAUUUAAUGAGAUCCUCUGUGAAGCAUUUUUAUCUGGUUUAUGCACCAUUAAUUGAAGAGAUCUGCAAUGGCAUGUUAAGGUACUCGAUAUUUAUUAUUUAAAGAAUACUUCUAGACAAACACUAGUCAUUGGGACAUAUAUAGAAAAGUAACACUGCGGUGUAAUUUCAAUAUAUAACUAUCAACAAAAUAUUUCAUCUACCUUUCUUGGUUUGUAAAUUUCUAUAUUCUCAUACCUUUUCCACCGAUUCUCGAUAUAUAUGUAUAUUGAAUAUAUAUAUAUGUAUAUCACAUAUAUAUGUACAUAUAUAUUAUACAGGACGAAUGCUAGAUAGUUAUCUUCAUAUAACACAUGAUUUACUCAUUAUAUUCAAACAAAUAAUGUACUUGAUAUAUCUAGUCAUGCAAAUGCUAUACAUUGUAAGCUUCUAGUAUAAAUACAUCUAGCUUUUGUAUUUAGAAUUUUCAUAUCCUAGUUUUUAGAUCUCUAGCCUUACCAUAUUUCUGUAAGAACAUUCAAAACUUUCAAUCCGAUUAAAGAUUAUUGAGAAAAAAAAAUAAUUGAGGGUUUAAUGCACUGCUAUGAACUAAUUUCACUGUGUAUAUAUUUAGUACACACAGCACACAUGAUCCAGGCAGACAGACGGACACAGAUAUAGAGAGAUAGAUUUGUAGAUACGUAGAUGUUCAUAUCUCUAUGUACGACAGGCAUAAGGGAUUGUCAACAUCCUAUUUUUUCUAAUAGGUAGGAAUACAGACAUGAUAAACGGAUGCAGGAUGUGCUUUAUUGUCAUAUGGCUGUAAUGUGAAUGGCAGGAAAUUUCUGAGGAGAGUUCCUCUGUUUUCAUUACAAUAUUUUCGGGAGACUAUUCUGAGUAACUGAAAUAAUCUUUGUGGCCUUGGAUCUAUGACUGAUAGAUAGUUAGUGAAACUCUGUCCAUUAAUAUGUUUU